AUGCCUCCCGAUCCGUUCGAAGAAAGACCACACAACACCUUAGCUCGUGCUGCCACUCGCAGAACCUCUACCGGUACUGCGGGCAAUGAAGAGGGACAGGACUACUGUCGUAUCUGCCGUGGUGAAGGCACCAGCACGCAGCCUCUAUAUUAUCCGUGCAAGUGCUCUGGCAGUAUCAAAUUCGUCCACCAAGAAUGCCUCAUGGAAUGGCUCUCACAUUCCCAGAAAAAAUACUGCGAGUUAUGCAAGACUUCGUUUCGAUUCACCAAACUCUACGACCGGUCGAUGCCUGCCAAACUCCCGUUUCCCCUCUUUCUCCGUCAACUGGUUCGCCAUGGAGCCGCUGAGUGUGCUCGCUGGUCACGCUACUUGCUGGUGGGCAUUAUCUGGACUUGUUGCUUGCCUUGGUGCAUCCGACAGAUAUGGAGAGGUUUAUUCUGGCUCGCUGACGGAAACUGGGUGGACGAGCCCAACCUGCAAGCCACAUCCGACCGAUCUUCAAACAUAACCGGUGCCGUCUUCGGGUCUGAAGCCUCACUUGCCGCCUCCGUGAAUUCCACUAUUAUCGAACAGCUGGAGAAGAUAAACUUAGUGUUUCCUCCGAUCCAGAUUUCCUUGGCUGACAUUGCGCGACUGUUUCUUGGUCAAAGCAUGUUUGGAAAGAUACUUCGCUUCUUUCUAUCCAUCUUCAUCCCACGUUUGAGACAAAUUGAUACGCCUGGGCAUGGCCAGAAUCCCGUUUCGGAAGUGUCUCCGUCAGCCACGAGGCCUCCAUCAAUGCUAUCCGACGUUCAAUUUAUAGCGACAUGGUCGACUUCUCCCAUGGUCAACCACAUCACCAUUGAUGUGAUCGAAGGCCAAUUAAUCUGUGUCUUGCUGGUUGCGGCAUUCAUCCUCGUGUUUCUAAUCCGAGAAUGGGUCAUCAACCAACAACCCAUCCUGAACAUGCCCGACCCGGAUGAAAAUGCUGAGGCUGAUGAGGGAAGACUACGAGUACGUCCUAACCUGCCGCGCAUUGCCCGCGCUGGCGAGAAUGCCGCAAAUGAAAUAGCUGCUAUUGAGCAGCUCGCAGCACAAUUACAUGCCGAUGAGAUAGCUCCGAUGAGACUACCUGCCCACCGACAGCGCAUUCCCCAGUUUGGUGAUAAUAUGGCAGAUGAAAUGGCUUUUGAGCGUUUUGCUGCACAAACCCCUCCAGAGGAUCCACGUCCACGGACUCUGUCGGCUCUGUCGGACGAUACCGUGGGCAGUGGAUCGGAACAUGACUUUGAGAGACCGGUUCUGAUGGCUAGAUCGCAUAGCGCAUCAGCAAUUCCUGACGCAGUUCAGGAGCAGAGUGCCGUCUGGGAAACUUUUGCGAACCAGGACGUGGCGGCCAAUGAACCUUGGAAUCAGCCAUUCAGAAGACACAGCGCCGACGAUACUGAAGCUAAUCACUACCUGCCUAUAGUACCUCCAAGUCGACAGCUCGUUAACACGAUUGUUGGCGAUGAAUCCCCCAUUGAGAUGGAACAUUACCUGUUUCCUGGGAAUAUUUCUGAGAUGUCCGGAGCAGGACGAAUGCAAUUUUCAGAGCAUCAGCUAAUUGGGCAAGAAGAAUCUGAAUCAGCGGACGCAUCCAGCCGAAGAAUGUCGUUCACCGGGGCGUCAGAUGUAGUUGAUGAUGCAACAAACGGGCUCCUAGACCCGAAUUUUGAUGGACAGGGGUCUGAUUCAGACGAGCCAGUCAUACCCACACCAGAGUCCAAUGAUGCCGAUCAACUUCCUCUACCAAGGGAAAGCUUACCUGGUGGCGAAGACCAGGAAGCUCCUGUUGACGGUGCAGGUCGGACGCAACCGGAAGAGGUCCAUACGCCCAUCGAUGAGGAUGUGCUAGAAGAUACGACAAUAUGGGGAAAACUAUCACAGUGGCUGUGGCACAUCGAUUUUGAGGCUAAUGACCGGCUUCGUGCGGAGCCUGGCGAUCCCGUACGCGCAGAGGAUCAAGACGAGGAACGCAUCGUGGAAGACGUCAACGCAGAAGCGCCAUUCGUACCGGUCCACAACCGAGAUGCUGCACCGGGGCCGCUGCCUCCUGCAGCCAUUGACGCACCACCUGCUGCUGCACCCGCAGAACCCAGGGAGCCCAACAUGCUAUUCGGCGUCGACCUCAACGAACCUAACCCGGACGAUGCAGAAGACCUUGAUGGCAUCCUGGAACUCCUUGGUAUGGAAGGUCCCAUUUUUGGCAUGGUUCAGAAUGUCAUCUUUUCCUUCUUCCUCAUAUCGGUGACCUUGUCGGCGAGUGUCUGGUGUCCCUACAUCUGGGGGAAGAUUGCAUUGUUGUUCCUCUCAAGUCCUACCAGCAUGCUGGUGAAAGCCCCGUUAUUCGUAUUGUCACGGACUGCGGAUAUUGUGGUCGAUAUCAUUUUCUUCGUGGCAGGACUUGCCGGUUUCCUCCUGAACCAACCUAUCAAAAUCAUAAAAGCUACGAUGUCUCUAGUCAUGCCUCGUCUUGGCGGCAUCCUUGACACUGCUACGCUGGAAGGCUUUAGCCUCGACUUGAGUCAAAAGAGUGGUCUCCGCUUGGAAAGGACACUCUCCGCUGCGAUCCUCAGCUUGCGGCCGGAUUUGCCAACAUUUUCAAUGCAGUCGCAUCGAGCACUCAUCUCUUUCAAGACCUCCCUACAUACAGCCGUCCAGUGGAUCAGCUCCACCUUAAUGCAGGGCCAAACGAUGUUGACAAUGGACCGCCAGGACUCCAGCGCCCUGUUGACCUCCUUCUGGUAUACCUUGAGAUCUGUUCCUCAACUACUUGGAAAGAUCCCUCAGCUCGGUGAAUAUGUGACCAACCACUUCCGGUCCCUGGUUACGGAUCUAGGUGCCUCGCCAUCUAGCAAUGGAGAUGGUAUGGAUACUUCUCUGAUUCAGUGGGGUACAGAAGACCGGAUCCUCACGAUUCUGCUCGGUUAUGCUUUCUUCGCCAUUGCGGGAGUCGUGUUUCUUGAGAUUGCUCAUCUCGUCCUUGGCCUGAAAGAUGGCGAGAGGGUCGACGGCUAUUUUGCGGAUUCCUUACGGCAAGCAGGUGGUGUGAUGAAAGUCAUCGUCAUCAUCGGAAUUGAAAUGCUGGUCUUUCCUUUGUACUGUGGACUGCUCUUGGAUAUGGCACUGCUUCCCCUGUUUGCCAAGGCCACCGCUGCGAGCCGCAUUGCUUUCCUCAUGCAAAAUCCUUUCACUGGGAUUUUUAUACAUUGGUUCAUCGGAACCUGUUACAUGUUUCACUUCGCCCUUUUUGUAUCAAUAUGCCGGAGGAUCAUGCGAAAAGGAGUCCUGUAUUUUAUUCGAGACCCCGACGACCCGACAUUUCAUCCGGUGCGCGAUGUCCUAGAACGGCCUGUACCGGCACAACUGGGCAAAAUUGCGUUCUCGGCGUUGGUUUACGGUGGCUUGGUCAUUGUCUGCUUGGGUGGCGUGGUAUGGUCGAUAGACUGGUUCGGCGGCGUUCUACCGAUUCAAUGGUCGACCUCGGAACCCAGGCUGUCGUUUCCUGUCGACAUUGUCUUUUACAAUUUCCUCCUUCCGUUCGCCUUGCGCAGGGCCGAGCCGUCGAAAAAGAUCUCCGCAAUGUAUCAGUGGUGGUUUCGAGGAUGUGCCAGGUACUUGAGAUUGACUAAUUUUCUCUUUGGGGAAGAGCGCAAAGAAGAAACCUUCAGUCACCCGAAAGGUUUUCCCUGGAGCCUAUUCACCAAAGACAAUGUUGCAGAACCGAAGCGUGAUGGACGCUAUGUGCGAGCGCCUGCAUCUGACUCUGUGCGCAUCGCGAAAGGCCGCGCAGUGUUUCUCGAAGUUACAGAAGACAACGAGAGGCUAGAUGGCUCACCAGAGUUACACUAUGCGCCACAUGGCAAGAAAAAUCCCCAGUUCACCAAGGUCUACCUUCCUCCGAACUUCAAAGCUCGGAUUGCGGCCUUCGUGGUCCUAUUGUGGCUCUUUGCAGCCUCGACUGGUGUCGCCCUCACUGUGGGACCCCUGGUACUCGGUCGCAAAUUGAUCCGACUCCUCUCGCAAUCAACACCUCCGCCAAACGAUCUGUAUGCUUUCACUGUUGGCAUACACAUCUUCGCAGCGAUCGGUUACGGUGUUGCCUACGCCCGGCCCGCUCGAGACUACCUGCAACAGAAGUUCAACUGGUCUGGAAAGCAGUUCCUCGCCACAACGCUCCACGUCCUUGGCCUGACGUACCUCGGGGUUUUCACUGCCAUAAUUCUUCCGUUCACUCUUUCUCUGAUCAUGGAGCUGUACAUUCACAUUCCACUCUUCGACUUGCUCGAACUUCUUAAUCGUCAAAAGCUCAUCCACGACUCUUCACCGUCUUCGUCCUCAGCCGCAACACCCUCUCCAGGAACGGCGACCACCAGGCCUUUUCCGCCUCCUACAAUCUUCAUACUCCAGUCCUGGACGAUUGGUCUCGCUUUUCUACGCUUGACCUUCCGCAUCCUGGCUCACGUCCUCCCACCAACUGUGCGACCUGCCAGGGCUCUCGUGGGGAUCGUCCGCAACGGAAUUUUCCGCGCCGACGUUCCUCUCGCAUCCCGGGCUUUCGUUCUUCCUGCUAUCAUUAUCUGUAUUACACUCCUCAUCGCACCUCUCGUCUGCAUGCGAACGAUCAUCACCAUCCUCCAGAUUUCCGACAUCGGAAAGCGACUUCGGCUGUACCGUUUUGCUUACCCGGCUUUCUUGUACAUGAUGGUCAACUAUAUAGGCUUCCUGUACUUGAGGAAGAAACUGGAGAAUUGGAGGGUCAAGAUUAGGGACGAGGUAUACCUGAUCGGCGAGAGGUUACAUAACUUCCAAGAACCGAAGCCAAGAGGGAGAAGGGAGGCUGUGUCGAAACGGAAAGGCAAGGAGCGCGCUUUUUGA